AGGAAAGUGUGGACGCGUCUCUAUCUUCUCUUUUCACUAUGAGCUCUCAACCACAACACGGAAGUGCAAGCGAUGACGCCGUUGAAUUGAUCUUCCUGGGGACGGGGACUUCUUCCGGCCUGCCUCACGUGGACUGUCUGACUGCACCUCCGGACGCGACGCCUUGCCACACUUGUCUUUCUACACUCAAACCGGAGGGAAAGAAGAAUUUUCGCAGGAAUACAUCUGCUGUGUUGAGAGUCAAUGGUCGCGACGGCAAUAAAAGGACAAUUGUCAUAGAUGUGGGCAAGACUUUUCAGGCAGCUGCUCUAGAAUGGUUCCCGAAAUAUGGCCUGCGGCGAAUAGACGCGGUGUUGAUUACUCAUGCUCAUGCGGAUGCCAUGAACGGUUUAGAUGAUUUACGAGGGUGGACAUUGCGCGCGGCUAUUCAGCCGUAUGUGGAUGUUUACGCAUCCCAGGCGACGUUUGCGGAAGUAUUGAGGUCAUUUCCGUACCUUGUCUCGAAAGAAUAUGCAUCAGGUGGUGGCGACGUACGUAUUGCUGUCGAAUUUCUAAUCUAUUCCUUACAUUCUUCAUCCCAGGUGCCCGAUUUCAAAUGGCAUAUCAUAGAUGAUCGUGUGCCGUUCGAAAUCGACGAUACCGGCAUUGAAAUAACACCGUUUUCUGGCUCGGGAGCGGUAACACCUCUGCAUCCCAAAGAGUCUUCAGGGAUCGACGGCAAUACAAUUCAUCCCUACCUCUGUUUCGGAUUCAAAAUUCAGGACGCGGUCGUUUACCUGUCCGACGUCUCACAUAUCACUGAAGAUACCUGGGAGUUCCUCGAGCGGUCAUCGAACGGCUCGGGAUCCCGAAAGCCUCUCCCCGUCCUUGUCCUCGACUGUCUAAGGCUGGCUCCUCACACGUCGCAUCUGGGCUUGAAGGAAUCCAUAGCUAUGGCGCGAAGGUUUCACGCCAAACGAACUUACCUUACAGGCUUCGGACACGAGGUGUCACACGAGGAGUACGUCGCAAUUGGGGAAGCAGUGGGAGGCAAGAAGGACCACCUCACGAACGCCACAUCGAAUGUACAACGAGGCGUGAAGAUGAUAGAGGAAGGCGAGGCUAUAUGGGUAAGACCCGCAUAUGAUGGACUGCGUGUCUCUGUUCAGAACGAUGGCGAUACCAUACACGAUGAAGCAUAUGAUGAAUAAACAUUCUGCUUAUGAGGUUUACGGGAACUUUGCUCUAAUCUCUUGCUGAUCUCUCACGAGGAGCCUCACGUUGUACGGUCGGGUGACUGAAGCUUACUAUUCGCAAAC